UCAAUUUAAUCUCAUUUUGCGGUGGACAUGGAGCCCGCCACUAACUAGUAAGAACGGCUGCGAGGAGACGAGGAGACAGACUAGUGCUGACAUUGCGUGACUGAAAAGGAGCGGCAACUUCAGACCGCGAGACCGUUACAGAGCACAGCUUGUCUCAACCUAACCGAUCUUCCAUUAAUUUUUCCGAGAAGCGUUUGUUGAAAGUGGGAAAGAAUAGAACAUGAUGAUUGGAAUGGAAACACCAAAGCCUGAUGCCGGGAUGAAACUUUUGACACCGUGGUGGGAUUUGUUGAAAAGAUAUCUAACAGCUGGUAUCAUGACCAUUGCAUUAUCAACUGUGGCACUACAGGCUGCUAAAGAUAACUUGGUGUGUAUACCUGCUGUGAAGUGCAAGGGUGCAACAGCCAUCACACAAGACAUGCGCUUCACAAAUACAUGCAAGGAAGUAUUAAAAAAACUUGAAAAUGAUUCUUGGAAGGAAGUGAUGACAACAAUGGUUGACCGAAGACAGUAUGAUUUUGUUGACUCUUUGUGCUAUCAAAACUCUCUUGAGUUUUAUCCCACCUAUUUCCCAUUCAUCCUUGUUGGCAUGGCAGUAUUACUAUUGGCGAUUAACAAUAUCUGGGUUAUGUAUCCAAAGACAUCAUCCACCUUGAACCACUUUGUAUCACUGACCAUGGAGUGCUACAACUCUGUUGGAACAAACUCAGACAUAUCCCGUAUUCUUGAUGGUCCAACUAACAAUGCAGCUAACAAUGGUGCAGCUAACAAUGUUGCAGCUAACAAUGGUGCAGCUAACAAUGGGACUGCACUUGAUUCAUCUGAAGUCAUGAAAGUAAAAACACUUUAUGCUAAAGUGGAACAGUUCAAAGACCACUUUGAUAAAAAAAAUCUGUUGAUCCGUGUUUAUAUAAUUCAAGCAGCACUUGAGAUAAUAUUUUCACUUGUUUAUUUAUUUCUUAUUUUUUAUUUUUUUGCAGAGUUGGAAAAAUCAUUUGAGUGUCGAUUGGAUAAUGUGUUUAACACACCCUAUCAAUACUUUGUGUGCGCUAGGUUUAUUGCUCCAUAUUAUCAAGCAGCUACUGUGAUAUUUGGUGUGGCUGUUGCUUUGUUUUUUAUGUUGUCAUUGUGUACUCUUUGUUGGGCUUUACAUGUAAGGGUGUGCAGGUACAGCAAAAAUCUUCAUUCAGAAUCAGAAACUGACAAUAACAUAAAUAUUGUAGGUGAUUUAGCCUUUCUUUUUUCCCUUCUUGAGAAAUAUGACAAACUGUAUUUCAACAGGCUUACUGACUUUUUGUCUCGUGGCCGCAAACCAUCUCAUGCCAACAAAAGUGACUCAUCCUCAAGUGCCUGUUGCAUACGCAAAAUGCUUUGUUGGAAGAAGGGAAGAAGGGAAGAUGAGGAAUCACGUCAAAAUAUGAUAGAAAUGAGUUUUCACAUGGUUUUUGCACGUGAUGCUGUGAUGGGAGGACAGCUCAAGAUGAUUGUGACAGGUCAAACACCACUGCCUGAUGCAGGAAUGAAGAUUUUGACACCAUGGUGGGACAUGCUUACAAGAUACCUUACAGGGGGUAUCAUGACCAUUGGGUUAUCAACCGUAGCAUUGCAGGCUGCUAAAGAUCAGUUGGUGUGUAUCCCCGCUGUUGCCUGCAAAGGUGCCGAAGCUGUUCCACCAUCAUCCAUCACAGAUGACUUACGUUCCACAUGCAAGGCCGUAUUAGAAAGACUUUCAAAUGAUUCUACAWYACCAGUGAUGACAACAAUGGUUGACCGAAGACAGUAUGAUUUUGUUGACUCGUUGUGCUAUCAAAACUCUCUCAAGUGGUAUCCCACCUAUUUCCCUUUCGUUCUUGUCGCCAUGGCAGCAAUACUCUUGGUGAUUGACAACAUCUGGGUUAUGUAUCCAAAGACAUCGUCCACCUUGAACCACUUUGUAUCACUGACCAUGGAGUGCUACAACUCUGUMGGAACCAACUCGGACAUAUUCCGUGUUCUUUCAAAGUCCAAAAAGGAUGGUAAAGAUGGAGAAUCAGAUGAAGAUGAUCAACUUGAAGAUGGAGUUUCCUUUGAUUUGUCUGAARCCAUGAARGUGAAAACACUUUAUGACAAAGUGGAACAGUUCAGAGACCGCUUUGAUGAAAAGCACAGGUUGUUGAUAAUUGUUUAUACAGUGCAAGCAGCRCUUGAGAUGUUAUUUUCACUUGGUUUUCUUGUUGUUGUGAUUGUGUUUUUUGCACAGUUGGAAAAAUCGUUUGAGUGUCGAUUGGAUGAUAACGUGUUUAACACACCUUAUCAAUACUUUGUGUGCUCCAGGUUUAUUGUACCAUAUUAUGAAGCUGUGAGUUUGAUAUUUGGUGCUGCUAUUGCCYUGUAUUUCAUGGCGUCAGCGUACACACUGUACUGGACUUUAAAGAACAGUUACAGGAAAAAUAUUUUCAAAGAUGUAAAUGUGGAUGAUAACAUAAACAUCAAAGGCGAUUUAGCCUUUCUUUUCUCCCUUCUUGAGCAAUAUAACAAACUAUAUUGCGACAGGCUUGCUUUCUUUUUGUCUCAAGCCUGCAAACAAUCMCUUAUUGAUGAGAUUGCUGCAGAUCGCAAAAGGCAAAAGACAUUGCGAAGAGCAAAAAGUGAAAAAAGUAGAGCUGAUGGCAAGUGAGUCGAUGCAAGUCUUUUCCUGRCAUGUUGGAGGUUAAUCAAUUUAAGACUUAAAUACCAUGCAUUUGUUUUAUUUUUGAAUGAAAAGACAAAAUUUCAUUGCUGCAAUAACUAAUUAGAGUCUAUGCAUUGAAUUGUAACCAGCUAAAACAUAUAACAAUCAGGAUGUUAAUAAUAAAGAAUCAUAUUCAUUAUUGUUACUGUACAAAUAAUCACAAUUAACACAUUAUUAUGAUACAUUGACAUAUUARAGUUCAGCUGUUAAAUUAUUAUAAGUAUUGUAAGAUAGAAUAAUGACAAAAAGCUUAUAACSAGUAGAUCUACUCAUCUAUUUAUGUCAUGUGUCAUGUAAAACAAUAAUAAAUAAAAAAGACAUCAAAGCACACAGA